AAACUCAUUUCCAAAUACUUCGAUGAGAUUUCUCAAGACACAGGUAAAUUUUGCUUUGGAGUUGAAGAUACUCUUAAAGGUUUAGAAUUGGGAGCAGUUGAGACGCUGAUUGUUUGGGAAAAUUUGGAUGUUACUCGUUAUGUAUUAAAGAAUAGUGGUGGAGCCGAAGUAAUUGUUCAUAUUACCAAAGAACAAGAGAAAGAUCGAUCUCUUUUCUUGGAUAAAGAAACAAAUCUUGAAAUGGAAGUAGUAGAUAGGAUGCCACUUUUAGAAUGGUUCGCAGAUCAUUACAAGGAUUUUGGGGCGAAUUUAGAAUUUGUCACCAAUCGAUCUCAAGAAGGAUCUCAAUUCGUUAAAGGAUUUGGAGGAAUUGGAGGAUUACUUCGUUAUAAAGUUGAUUUUGAUACUUUGAAUUACGAUAGUGAAGAUAAUGGUUUCUUUUCUG